AACAUAGAGGAGGGAAGUCGGCAGUGCAUCGGCUCCAUAGACACCGUACAAUGGAAUUCUGCAAAGCAUAUUCUUCUGAAAGGCCUGUAUCCUCGGCUGCUCCGUCCGGCCCUUGGACACACUCCUUUUACACCUCCUUUCGCCACAUCAAAACCAUUUUGCACCUGAGACAGCGGAGAAGCUUACUGACCAGGUUCAAUCUUGGCCACACGCUUCCUCAGCUUCAAAGUUUGACACCUCCAUCCACCUUUCGGGUCAAGUUUGACAAAUGUGCACAGGUCCUGGCUGACGCUGACCCUCCACAGUUGACGUUCUCCCUUCUGAUCCACAAUCUGAGUCCAGUGGGUGGUACCAACCUGUCUCAGGUGGCCAUUCGGGACUCCAUAUUUGGAAUAGUGCCUCUCAGAACAGACGGCAGAGUUGUGGAAAGAGGAUACCAAAUGUUUGCCAUUGAUUCUCUUGCUGCGGGAUCCCAAAUUAUUGUCAAUUAUACUGCUGAAAUAAGGAGCCAUAAAAGUGAAGUUCUGAACCUUCCUGCUUUCCUCACCUUCUCUAACUUGUCACAGAAUGACAUCCGCAUGUAUGGUCCUUUGACAGCUCAUCUAACAUUGAGGGUCAAUUCCACUGAUAAGAUUCAUCCAAAUCAUGGCGUGCACUUUGCUGGAUAUGUUGGUGGGUUCCUUGUUACUUUGGUGAUACUGUUGCUUGGCUUUCUGGCUGUGAACCUGUUAUGUGCCAGAACCAGACUGAGCCUUCUCCAGCAAAAGAAAAAGCAAGGCUAUCCAGAUCCAGAGUAUGCAGACUGCAACAUGAAUGAGGUUGCUAAAGACGAGGCAACUUUUGAAGACAAAACUGUAGACAUUAUGGUGCUGGAAGAUCCACAGAACAUGAACCAGGCUUUGGAAAACAUCGAAAUGUCCACCUUGCUGCACGCAACCAACAACUUGGAGGCCACGAGGAUUCAAAUCUACAAGGACGUGCUGUCUAUCCUGUCGGGGGGCCUGCGGGCCCACGGCCUGGUCAGCGUCCAGGCCCAGCAGAGACUUCUCAGCGUGCUGCACGGGCAGCUGCUCGGCAUGGAGGGUCGGCUGAAGGAGGAGCGAGGGGCCCGCAUGGCUGUGCUUGCGGGCCAGUGUAACCUGGAGACCAGGGAGGAGAUGGAAGCGGAGCAUCGCAGGCAAGCUGCAGAGAAGGCCCAGGCUGAGCUGCUGUGUCAUCAUGCUGAUCAACAGGAGCUCCUCCAGUGUAGUGUCCUGCUGGAGAAACUGCACAAGCUGAACCAGGCUCACCUGCAGCGCAUCCUGUUAGUUCGCCACGAAGAAGCCUCCGCGAAGGUCCAGAGGCAGAUCAUCGAAUGGCGUCGCGUGGAGCUUCAUAAGAUCUUCUCCGAGGAGCUGGAGGAGGCCACGAAGAUGGGCGAGUUGGAAACAGACACAGCCAAAAGUCUUCAGCACAGUUACUUCCAGUGUCAGGAUCAGCUGGAGGAGAUCCUGGAUGUGGUCGUGGCCAACUGGCGCUACAUGCUGGCUGAGCGCUACGCCCAGAGGAAGUUCCUAUUACACAGCCUGCACAGCCUCAACAGUCUUAUUUCUGACACCUUCUCCAGCACCUCCUACAAUCUGGACAGCUUGUUUGCACAUGUCAGAAGAGGGAGCACGAUGUCUGAUGAGCAACUGGCUCAGCUCCAGGACAAGGCCCAGAAGGAUCUGGUGAUUGUGAGGCAGAGACUGGAUGAGGCUCUGGGCCAAGAGAGGAGAGCGAUGCGAUGUGGACUAAUCAAGAAGAGGAGGGAGCUCAUCUCUGACAUGCUUCGGGUCCACAUGCAACAACAGAAGGACUUGUCUGGUCUGUCAAAGAAUCAGGAUGGAAGCAUAGAAGUAGUCCGACACCUGCACUGUUGGCAAAACCUUCUCACAACUCAUAGCCUGGAACUUGCUGAGCUCAUCAAUAACCUCGACGAGGAGGCUGCAGCGGACAUCCGCAAGGUGACCAUGCGUGUGAUCCAGAGCUCCAUGGCAGAGGUCAAAGCCAUUCUGCCCUCUGCGACGCAGACCCUGCUCCCGCUCCUGCCUCCAGGCAUGCAGCGCUCCUUGCUGCAGGCAGAACCUGAGGCGAGCCAAGGAGGGAGCACACUCCUGCAGGGCCAAGAGAGACUGCAUCAGGAAGGCAAGGCGGCCUUACGCACCCUCAGCUCUACCAGAGAUAGCCUUCAGAAAGCCAUGGAGAAGGAGCUGCAGGAGCAGAGGGAGCUCAGGGCUUACUGCAGAACUCUCUUCAGACGUUUGUGCUCAUCCCAGUUGACUCUCUCGGAUAACGAGCAGCUAAAAAUGACACUGGAGUUGCAGAAACGUCUUUCUGUGAUGGACCGCUGCCUUAUGCUGCCUCACGCCGUGUCCAGAACCAAAGUCCACACCUCUGUCUCGGCUUGGAGAAAAGACAGCGAGCAGCAGAUGAUGAACCCACAUUUUAAAGGGAAAUCCAAAGAGGACACACUUGACCUAUUUCACUUCCACAAAAAGCUCAAAGAGCAGAUGCAACUGUUUGAGAAGGCGAGUGAGAUAGAGGACAUUGUCAAAGACAAGGUAGUGGAGGAGAUCAGGAAGGAGAGAGAAGUUUACUUGCGUACUCAGGCCGACGCUCUGGCAACACAGAUGGCUGCGAUUCACUGCCAGAGAGCUGAGAGGAGGACCAGAGUCUUCGAGACGUCCAGAGCACUGCUCACCCUGCAAAGUCUUCUCACUCAUCACCUGCGAGAGACGAAGAGUAUGGAGAGACAAGAAAUGGUCCAAAGUAUACAGAGGCACUGCCUGGGCUUGGAGGGAGCAGAGCGCCACCUGCAGGAGGAGAGCUUGAACCUGGACAGGCUGGAAUGGGACGGCAGGUCAACUCCCACACACACGAAGGACGUCGACGCAGAGGGAGGCGGCGAGGAGAAGAACAUGUUUGGGCUGCAGCACGAUAGCAGAAUGUCGCACAUCCUCCAGGAGGCUCUCAAUAAGCGUGAUGAAGUCAUGGCAAAAUUGUCAGAGAGGUUGCAGGAGAUGGUCACCAGCAAUCAGGUUAUGGAAGAUUUCAGAGAACAAAUACAGCUGAAGAAACUUCAUUCCAGCUGUGAUCAGGACCUGCUGUUUGCAUCAGAACUGCUCAAACAGAGUGGGAUAUCUGUGGAGGUUCUCCUUGAGCUUCUGCGUCUGCUCAUGCCCACAAUGCCUGAGAGUGAAUUUGUGUCCAUCGCUGAUGCCCUCUGCCCCAAGCAGCACCUUGGUUCAUCAUCCACAGAGCAGGAGCCUUCCGGGUCCAGUUUGCUUCUUCCUGUCAAACUGAGGGAGGACCUGGUGCACAGAAGUAUGCUAAACAGCUGUGUGGAAGGUUCCAGAUCCCACAGACUGCAGGGAAAGAGGCAAGGCCUGAUGGAAAGACUUCUUCCCUCUUCUUGCCCGCCAAGUCCAACAGAUGUUGCAGUGAAAGGGGAGAUGGAGAACUUUGCUAAAGGACAGCAGCGCCGGUUUAAAUCAGCCAUGACUGACAACCCAGGGCAGCACAGCGAGGCUCCCAAAGCAAAGAAGGAAACCCUGCACAGCUCAGCAGAAGAAGAAGAGGACGUGAUGGCGACUUCGGCCAACUUGGAAGUGAUCUGCCAGGCCACCGGCGAAAGGCUGUUUGUCUUCCGUGAGCCGCCUCAAUCCCUUCUUGGUGUCACGUCCCCCAAGAGAAAGAAGAAAAGGAACUUUCUCAAUUUGAAGAAAGGCUUAGUGUCGCCAACACAUCAAACUUAACGACUAUUUCCUCAUUAGGGUCGCAGGUGAGCUGGCGUUUAUCUCAACACUUUGGCUGAGAAAGAGAUGCAAACUAGAGAUGCGCGGAUAGGCAAUUAUUUAAUCCGCAACCGCAUCAGAAAGUCGUCAACCAUCCGCCAUCCACCCGAUGUAACAUUUGAUCAGAACCGCACCCGCCCGUUGUUAUAUAUCUAAUAUAGACGAUGCAAGGCAUUAGUGAGGUUAUAAAGCUUUUGCCUGUUAAAGAAAGGAGACUGAUCCAAUGCAGCACAGACAUUCGCGUGCCACGCUGUCACGACCCAGACGCACACCAGUGCGCAAUCAUAUGGGAGCCGCGCUGAGCGCACCUCCAAGCGCGUCUCGCUGCCGGCGACGGCCG